AUGGCGCCCGAGACGUCGACGCAGACCGACACCCGAGGCGAGGCCGUGUCGCCCGUCACGAGCACGGCGACGUCUGCACCGCCGUUGCCACACCACGAGCAGCACCAGCACCAGCACCAGCAGCCGCCCGUCCAGGAGCACUUUGCCCCCGCGAUGCCGUCCACGGCGCAUCACGUCGACCACCGCGGCAGUGCCGCCAUCCCCCAGCAGCCACACCAGCCGUACGUGCUGUACCCGGCGUCGUAUGGCGAGCACUACGUGCCCUACGAGCAGAGCCGGCAGGCGGACAUGCUGCGCCAGGGGCACGCCCAGGGAGCCCAGGUCGUGGCCCCGCGCAUCAUCGUCCCCGAGACCAAGUCGUGGCGCAUGACCAAGGAUGUCCUGCACGUCCUCGCCAUGGUUAUGAGCAUCGCGGGCAUCGGCAUUGGUAUCUCAUUAGCCAGCAACAGCUACUCUGGCCUGAUGGGCACCCUCGUUAGCGUCCCGAUUUUUGGCGUUGCCCUUAUUUGGAGUCUCGCCGAGAUGAUUACCCGCGCGACGACCCAUUGGGGCCCCGGAAUACACCCCGGCGCGCACGUGGGCAUGUGUCUCAUCUUGUGGAUCGCGGCCGUCAUUGCUGGCGGCUGCUGCGCGACGGUCGUGGCAAUUGCCGAUGACGACUGCGAAAGCACGUACCGCUCCUCUCGGUACUACGACGACAACUGCUUCUACGGCCGAACUCGCGGGCGGUUCCUCGGGCUCGCGAUCCUGCUCAUCGGGCUCUUCGUGGCCGAGUUCAUCCUCUUCGUCGGCGGCUGCAUCGACACGAACAAGCGCAACAAGGCUCGCUCCAACGCCCCCGUCAUGAUUGUCGCCCAGCCCGGCAUGUACCCGCACGCCAUGAUGCAGCAGCAGCCGCAGCAGCAACAGCCUCAGCAGCCCAUGACCCAGCAGUACUUUGCGCCCCAGCACGCGUACCACCCGCAGCAGUUCAGCGCCAUGCCGCCUCACGCGCAGGCGCCGGCACACGCCCGUGCCAUGCCCGAGGGCUCGGAACGCACGAGGGAGAAGCAGCCCGAGGGAACACAGCCGGCCAUUACCGAGUUUUAUUCGCCGGCCGGGCCUGGCCACGCGGUGUAA